AUGGCUACAAACGAGAAGCACGAGCCCGUCACCUUUGGCGCCAGCAUUGAGCGCUCUCCCAGCCCCUUGGCCCCCGCCCAGCAGCAACAGCCGCAGCAACAGCCGCAACAACAGCCACCGCUGCGCUCGCCACCCUCGCACGAGUCCAACAUGUCUGCUGUCACGGCUGCCGAUGCGCCCAAGAAGGAGUGGACCGCCGACCCUUCGAACCCCUACUCGGCCUUUUACAAGCACCCCGAGGCUCUGCGCGAGACGCGCACCUCGGUCCAAGACACGGCUCCCCCAGCCAACAAGACACACCUGGCCGUCCAAGAGCACGAGCUCGAGGGUGGCGUGCCCCUCUCGGUCGCCUCAACGCAACAACAAUCCAAGCUGUCGGUCGACGGUCGUGUCAAGGAGUGCACCAUGUGGCCAACAAGACAAGCCGUGCUGGACAAGCGGAAGUCGUACAAGCGCAAGCGUGGUUGUGCUUUUUUCCGCAACCUCAACAGCAAGCAGAGACUGUGGGCCAAGCUCGUCAUUGGUCUUCUCGUCAUUGCCGCGGCCGUGGGUCUGGGCGUUGGUAUCUCGCGGGCCGUGGGCGGUGGUGUCUGGGCUGGCAACGGCCAGUCCAGGGAGAUUCCUCACAACUGA